UUGCAUUCUAUACAAAAAAUGGAAUGUUAAUUAAAAACAUCGCGACCGAUAAUUUGUUGAUGCAUACAGUAUCAGUUAUACACUAUUAAGUAUCACAGUAAAAAAAAACUAACCAGUGGAAAUAGGUUGCAGAUAGUUUGCAGAUAUUUCCGAAUCGAUUUAUAUAUAGGAUCUGGAAUUAAAUAGACGUUUGUUUACUCUCUCUUUUAAAGGUUGCGUUAAACUUCAAACGAGACAAAACCUCAUCAAAAGUUUCGGAACAAUUUGCUAUACCGACUUUUAAACUGUUAGAUAUGUUAUACGUAGUUUAUCAGAGAGUUCUCGGUUGCCAGAGCGGGAUGAACGAAAAUUUGUCUGCUGUCAAAUAAGUUUUCUUAUACGAAUAUCGAUAACAAUAAAGUUGUAGAGCUCGUGCUGUGAAAAAAUUUGAAGAAUGUCGUGUACACUUGUACAACAGUUUGUCCAAAGACUUAAAUCCAGAAAUGAAGAGGCACGUAAUAAAGCAGCCAGAGAUCUGUGUCUCUAUGUUAAAACGGAAUUGCGGGAGGCAUCGCAGGAAGAAAUUACAGCAUUUAUGGACGAAUUCAACCAUCAUAUAUUCGAAAUGGUAUCUGGAUCCGAUGUAAAUGAGAAAAAGGGUGGUAUAUUAGCCAUAGUUUGUCUUAUUGGCGCGGAUGUAGGAAACAUCAACACGCGAACCAUAAGGUUUGCAAACUACUUAAGAAAUUUAUUACCUUCCAAUGAUGUGGGUGUUAUGGAACUGGCUGCUAAAACUGUUGGAAAGUUGGCGUUAGUUUCAGGUACUUAUACAGCAGAAUACGUAGAAUUUGAAGUCAAACGUGCCUUUGAAUGGCUGGGUGGAGAUAGACACGAAGGCAAAAGACACGCCGCUGCUCUUGUUUUAAGAGAACUUGCUGUUUCUAUGCCGACGUAUUUUUUUCAACAAGUGACUCCUUUUUUUGAACUUAUAUUUAACGCUGUACGCGAUCCAAAACCUGUGAUAAGGGAAGGUGCUGUAGAGGCGUUGCGCGCUGCGUUGGUUGUUACUGCGCAGAGGGAAACCGCAAAACAGAUGCACAAAUCUCAAUGGUAUAAACAGUGCUAUGAUGAGAUAGUUGUAGGAUUCGAGGAAUUAUAUACCAGAGAAAGAGGGGUAAACAGGGAUGACAGAAUACAUAGUUCAUUAUUAAUAUUAAAUGAAUUACUUAGAUGCAGUAACGUCCAAUGGGAAAGAAAUUACGAAGCUUUAAUGGAAAGAUUGAACUGCUCCACUCAACAGAAUGAAAACGAUAUAUUGUCGCUGAUGCCGCGCUUGAAGACAACCAUAGUAUCAAAAUGGUCGAGUUGUUCCCAAAAUUCGUCGAAUUCCCAACAAACGUUGUAUCCGGCUCAUGAAUCGGCGGUUUGUCGUUGUUUGAUGCAAGAGAGGCUAGACGAUAUUUAUAACGAUGUAAUGAAUCAAAGAAUGUCUAGAAAUCUACACAUUCAACAUGCUUUAAUGAUGUUGCUGCCAAGGCUUGCCGCGUUCAAUAAGGAGAAGUUUACACAGGAUCAUUUAAGAGAAUCACUGGCAUACUUGCUGUUAACACUGCGUAGCAGAGAAAAGGAUAGGUAUGCUGCAUUCACCACAAUCGGAUUUAUAGCGGUUGCAGUAGAAGAUGCAAUAAAUCCUUAUCUUUCGAAAAUUAUGGAGGUAAUCAAGAACUUAUUGCCAUCUAAGGAUACGUCUACCAAGAAACGUAGUAUAUCCUUGGAACCUGCAGUCUUUGUAUGCAUAACUUUGCUUGGACACGCCGUAAAACAGGUGAUAGCUGCGGAUGUGAGGGACUUACUUGAAUCCAUGUUAACGACUGGCUUAAGUCCAAUUCUCACAACUUCCCUUAGAGAAUUAGCUCAUAGCGUACCAUCAUUGAAACCUGACAUAUCGCAAGGACUUUUGAGAAUGCUGUCUCAGGUUUUGAUGCAGAAACCGUUGAGGCAUCCUGGUGCACCAUGGACUACAACUAGUCCGAUAUCCGCAGCGCCGACAGAGGUGGAUAUUCCAUCGACGGUACUAGCAUUGAAAACACUUGGAACAUUCAACUUCGAUGGUAAUCCACUUCUACAAUUCGUACGGCGAUGCGCGGAUCAUUUCCUUACCUUUGAGCAAGCAGAGGUUCGACUGGAAGCUGUGAGAACAUGUUCCAGGUUAUUAAGGUUGGCACUGAACCAACCUGGCCCCACGGUAACUAAUACCGUCUCCACAGUUCUUGGAAAAUUGUUGGUUGUAGGUAUAACAGACACAGAUCCUGAUGUGAGAUUGUGGGUUUUGGCUUCCCUUGACGAUUCCUUCGACAUUCACUUGGCGCAAGCGGAAAAUCUGUCUGCGUUAUUCAUCGCCAUGAAUGACGAAAUGUUUGAAAUUAGAGAAUUGGCUAUCCGCACGAUCGGGAGACUGAGCACUAUGAAUCCCGCUUACGUGAUGCCUUCUUUGCGUAAGACACUUAUACAGUUUCUAACAGAGUUAGAGCAUUCUGGCAUGGGUCGUAACAAGGAGCAGGCUGCUCGCAUGCUGGAUCAUUUGGUUGUCAGUGCACCAAGACUCAUAAGACCGUACAUGGAACCUAUUUUGAAGGUUCUUGUUCCUAAGUUAAAAGAACCCGAAUCGAAUCCCGGAGUAAUUUUAGCUGUACUACGUGCUAUUGGUGAUUUAGCAGAGGUCAACGGUGCUGAGAUGCAACAGUGGAUGCCAGAACUUCUCUCAAUACUGCUUGAAAUGUUGGUAGAUGCCAGCUCCCCGGAAAAGAGAGGGGUGGCCUUAUGGGUACUAGGUCAGUUGGUCGGGAGUACAGGACACGUUGUAAAACCGUAUAUGCAAUAUCCUUCGUUAUUGGAUGUGCUGAUAAACUUUUUGAAAACCGAACAGCAACCAAUCAUUAGGAGAGAAACUAUAAGGGUGCUUGGACUGUUAGGUGCUUUAGAUCCAUAUAAACAUAAAAUGAAUCUCGGUCAAAUAGAUUCUCAACUGGACACACUCACAUCUAUGGCCGAUACCAAAAGCGAAACCGAGAACACGCAAGAUUUGACUACUAGCGAGAUGCUAGUGAAUAUGUCCUCGUCCACCUUGGAAGAGUACUAUCCGGCGAUUGCCAUAGCUACGCUUAUGAGAAUCAUUCGUGAUCCAACGUUGUCGCAGCAUCACACCAUGGUAGUACAGGCAGUGACUUUUAUAUUUAAAAGUUUGGGGAUCAAGUGCGUGCCGUACAUCUCUCAGGUAAUGCCCAGCUUUCUGAACGUCGUUCGCACGGCUGACGUUAACUUCCGCGAAUACCUGUUUCAACAAUUGGCUAUUCUAAUAGCCAUUGUGAAGCAGCACAUUAGAAAUUAUCUAGACGAUAUUUUUAAUUUGAUCAAAGAAUUCUGGACCGUCAACAGCCCACUGCAAAGCACGCUGAUUCUUCUGGUCGAGCACAUUGCAGUCGCGUUGGGUGCAGAGUUCAAGAUCUAUUUGCCGCAGUUGAUGCCGCAGAUAUUACGAGUGCUGACGCACGACACCAGCAAAGACAGAUCCGUUACGGUGAAGCUUCUCCAAGCUCUCCAGAAAUUUGGAAACAAUCUGGACAACUAUUUGCAUCUGGUGUUGCCGCCGAUAGUGAAACUGUUUCAUGCAACAGACUGUCCGUUAACCGUGAACAAAGUAGCUCUCGAAACCAUCGACCACCUUGCAGAUACGUUGGAUUUCACAGACUUUGCAUCCAGAAUCGUGCAUCCCCUGGUGCGGACUCUCGACCAAUGCCCAGAGCUGCGGAGCACAGCCAUGGACACAUUGUGCGCACUGGUGAUCCAAUUAGGAAAGAAGUAUCAGAUCUUCAUAUCUCUGGUACAGAAAAUCAUGGCCAGACACAAGAUCGCCAAUUCGCGUUACGAUGUUCUAAUCGAUAAAAUUUUAACAGAGACUACCGUUGCCGACGGUGAAGACUUUCUGUUGAUGAGGCAUCGGCAUUCGAGAAACAAGAAUCGGGACUUGUCCCUGACCUCUUCGGACACAACCACCAUAAAGAGAUUGCACGUGACCGCCUCGAAUCUUCAAAAGGCUUGGACAGCGACGAGAAGAGUUUCGAAGGAUGAUUGGCUAGAGUGGCUGAGAAGCCUGUCGAUCGGUUUACUCAAAGAAUCGCCAUCGCCAGCGCUUAGAUCCUGUUGGGCUCUAGCGCAAACUUAUUCUCAGCUACCCAGGGACUUAUUCAAUGCGGCGUUCGUUUCCUGUUGGACCGAAUUGGACGAAACUUACAGAGCUGAGUUGAUACAAACGUUACAGCAAGCGUUGAUGGUUCCAGACUUACCGGAAAUCACGCAAACGAUUCUGAAUCUGGCCGAGUUCAUGGAGCAUUGUGAUAAAGGGCCGCUACCAUUGGACAACAAAAUUUUAGGGGAACGAGCGAUGCACUGUAGAGCUUAUGCAAAGGCUCUGCAUUACAAGGAGGACGAAUUUCACAAGAGCAGGAACAGCAAUGUGUUCGAGUCAUUGAUUUCCAUCAAUAACAAGUUGCAGCAGAAGGAGGCUGCCGAAGGUCUUCUGGAGUACGUGAUGAACCAAAACAAUCAACAAGACCUGAAAGUACAGGUGCGAUGGUACGAGAAACUGCAUAAUUGGGACAAAGCGUUGCAGUUGUAUAGAGAAAGAUUGGAGGGAGAUCCUACAGACGUUGAAUCUACUUUAGGCGAGAUGCGUUGUUUAGAGGCUCUGGGUGAAUGGGGACAAUUACACGACGUUGCCACCAAAUACUGGUCGAACCAGAGUGACGAGACUAAACAGAGAAUGUCUAGAAUGGCGGCGGCUGCGGCAUGGGGCCUGAGCCAGUGGGAGAGCAUGGAGAAAUAUGUUUCUUUGAUACCAAAAGACACUCAGGAUGGUGCGUUCUAUAGGGCUGUCUUAGCGAUUCACGAUGAACAAUACAAUGUUGCUCAUCAGCUUAUCGACAGCGCCAGAGAUCUGUUGGAUACAGAAUUGACAGCUAUGGCAGGCGAGAGCUAUCAGCGAGCUUACAACGCCAUGGUGGAGGUUCAAAAGUUGGCGGAAUUGGAAGAAGUGAUACAAUUCAAACUAGUUCCAGAAAGAAGAUCGACCAUCAAGUCCAUGUGGUGGGAAAGGCUUCAAGGUGGGCAACGAAUAGUAGAGGACUGGCAAAAGAUAAUCCAGGUGCAUACGUUGGUGAUUUCGCCACAGGACGACAUGUACACCUGGCUGAAGUACGCUAGUCUUUGCAGAAAGAGCGGGAGCUUGAUGUUGUGCCACAAAACUUUGGUGAUGUUGCUUGGUGUGGAUCCGUCGCUAACUCCUGACCAGCCGUUGCCAACGACUCAUCCCCAGGUGACAUUCGCAUACUGCAAGCACAUGUGGGUUGCCAAUAAAAGGGAGGAAGCAUACGGUCAGCUUCAGAAGUUCGUGCAGACGUCUCGGCAGCCGACAACAGUGUCCGUAACGAAUCAAGAGGACGAGAAACAACAAGAAGCUAGAAAAAGGCUGCUGGCCAGAUGUUACCUAAAACUGGGCGAGUGGUUGGAAGCGCUGCAAGGUAUAAACGAACACUCCAUACCAGCCGUACUAUCUUACUAUGCCGCGGCUACGGAACACGACCCAACCUGGUACAAAGCUUGGCACGCGUUUGCUUAUACCAACUUCGAGACUGUCUUAUUCUACAAACAUCAGCAAGGAGAAUCCAAUACAGAGGCAGCCCCUGGAAAUGGGACACGAAACAAUCUCUCUAGCUCGCAGUACAUAUCGAAAUUCACUGUACCAGCUGUAGAAGGAUUUUUCAGAUCGAUCAACCUCUCUCAUGGCAACUCAUUACAAGAUACUCUUCGGUUGCUGACAUUAUGGUUCGACUAUGGUCAGUGGCCAGAGGUGUAUGAAGCUAUUGUAGAAGGAAUCAGAUUGAUUGAGAUCAACACUUGGUUGCAAGUAAUUCCUCAGCUAAUAGCAAGAAUAGAUACACCAAGAGCUUUGGUCGGUCGUUGUAUACAUCAUCUUCUGAUAGAUAUUGGGAAAGCACAUCCUCAAGCACUGAUUUAUCCAUUGACAGUGGCUUCGAAGAGUGCUAGCCAGGCUCGAAAAACCGCUGCGAAUAGGAUCUUAAGGAGUAUGUGCGAACACAGUCCGACUUUGGUGCAACAGGCGAUGAUGGCCAGCGACGAACUGAUCAGGGUAGCAAUCCUUUGGCAUGAGUUGUGGCACGAAGGCUUAGAAGAAGCUAGUAGACUAUACUUUGGGGAAAGAAACGUUAGAGGAAUGUUCGAUAUAUUGGAUCCCUUGCACGCGAUGCUGGAAAGGGGACCGCAAACUCUGAAAGAAACGUCGUUCAAUCAAGCUUAUGGUAGAGAUCUAAUGGAAGCGCAGGAGUGGUGUCAGAAAUACAAAGCGUCUCGUAAUGUUCGGGAUUUAAAUCAAGCUUGGGAUUUGUAUUAUCAUGUUUUCAGAAGAAUAUCUAGGCAGUUGCCAACAUUAACUAGUCUGGAGCUUCAGUAUGUUAGUCCAAAGCUGCUUCUUUGCAGAGACUUGGAGCUAGCUGUACCUGGAAGUUAUAGUCCUGGGCAACCAGUAGUUAGAAUAGCGAGCAUACAUAGUUCUAUGCAAGUGAUAACAAGUAAACAACGACCACGAAAGUUAUGUAUAAAAGGAAGUAACGGUAAAGAUUAUAUGUUCCUACUGAAAGGACACGAGGACCUUAGACAGGAUGAACGUGUUAUGCAAUUGUUUGGUCUAGUCAAUACCCUUCUGUUACACGAUCCCGACACAUUUAGAAGAAACCUCACUAUCCAGAGGUAUGCCGUAAUUCCGUUAUCAACGAACAGUGGACUUAUCGGAUGGGUACCGCAUUGUGAUACGUUGCACACGCUGAUCAGGGACUAUAGGGAAAAGAAGAAGAUAUUACUUAACAUAGAGCACAAAAUAAUGUUACGGAUGGCUCCAGGCUACGAUCACCUUAUGCUCAUGCAGAAGGUUGAAGUGUUCGAACAUGCACUGGAGCAUACUCACGGCGACGAUUUGUCGCGAUUAGUUUGGUUGAAAUCACCAUCAAGCGAAGUAUGGUUCGAUCGUAGGACAAACUACACCAGGUCCCUCGCUGUGAUGUCAAUGGUGGGCUACAUUCUUGGUUUAGGAGAUCGGCAUCCAUCGAAUCUGAUGUUGGAUCGUCUCAGCGGAAAGAUAUUGCACAUCGACUUUGGAGAUUGCUUUGAGGUCGCUAUGACACGCGAGAAAUUCCCGGAGAAGAUACCGUUCAGGUUGACACGUAUGUUGAUCAACGCUAUGGAAGUCACUGGGAUUGAGGGCACAUACAGAAGAACGUGCGAAUCGGUGAUGUCGGUGUUGCAUCGCAACAAAGAUAGUUUGAUGGCGGUAUUGGAGGCUUUUGUCUAUGAUCCUCUUCUGAAUUGGAGAUUAAUGGACAACGCGACGCCAAAGAGCAAACGAUCCGACGCACAAGGGAUGAGUGCCAGCAGCAAUCAAGAACACGGUGACACGUUGGACUCCCUUACCGCCACAUUACCAAAGAAAGGAGUGCCGUGUAGUAUUGAGAAUGGAGGUGACACCAAUCAACCGGAAGCGCUGAAUAAAAAAGCUCUUGCUAUCAUAACUAGAGUCAGGGACAAAUUAACAGGACGUGACUUCUCCCAUGAAGAAACAUUGAACAUCCAACGACAAGUUGAUCUUUUGAUUCAACAGGCUACCAACAAUGAGAAUUUAUGCCAGUGUUAUAUCGGAUGGUGUCCAUUUUGGUAAAUGUAACAUAAGUAUCCAUAAAGAUAUUGGAUGUGUACUAUAUGCAGUAACGUUCCUGUAUUUGCAUUUUUAUUGUUAAGAAAUACUCACGAUCGAAAUCAUAAUGUUCGGACACUAUGUACACGUAUAUACGUGUUCGAAGACAAAGACAUAAGUCACAUUUUCCAAAAAUUUCAUGUACACCUCGAUCGAGGUAUAGAAGGCAGUAUAUGCGUUUUUAAAGGAAAAGUUUGUUGAAACAAUUUUUUUUCUUUUUAAUAUAAGCUUGUUUAAUGUAAAAGCUGAAUGUAUAUGACACGCUUGUAUAAAAGACACGUGACUUUUGUUGUUUUAUCUUCAAACCACAUAUAUGCACAUUAUAUUAUUACAUCGAUUGUACAUACUAUUCAUGUUACUCAUGCUUUCUAAGUAUAAUGUAUAUUAGAAAAUGGCGCAUCUUAGAAACCGCAUGAUAAUCGACUACUGCUAUAAAAUACAGUUUUUUCAAUGUAAACAUUAAAAAAGCUACUCUAAAGAAUAAGAUACAGUAUAGUUACAACACGGUUUCUUCAAGAUUGCUUUAGUAGCCCACAAAACUUGUACAUAUACCUGUACAUUUCGAUCGUUCAAAUUAUACAUAUAAUCCCGUUAGAGAUAAAUUUAUACAAGGUAAUGCUAAGAUUAGGACAUGAUUCUAAUACACUGAAAAUAACUAUCUCCUCGCACAAGUUAAGGUAGUAUAUACAUACUAUACAAAGUAUAUAAAUUAAGGUAAAGUAUAUAAAAAUUGUUUCAGCAAUUAUUUAGUAUUUAGUUUUUUGCAUUAUCAAGCUUAAAGGCGUAAGGCAAUAAAUUGCUUACUGUAACUUUGAA